AUGACGAAAGAAGAGCGAAGAGACCUCGGCGCGUUGAAGGGCGAGACCGUAAUUAACGGACGUGUUUGGCUGAGGGGGAUGUGGAUCAAGCUAGAAGCUAGGCUCAAACGAUCUGCGUCUUUCGUGUGGAGAAACUCUCCUCCAGGCCUCCCAUCCCCCUCGGGAACUCCAGUCGGGUACUACACAUUUUUGCGCAUGGAUCGCUCCCAGAGCAUGGGCCCGGGAGAUCGAGAGAUCCCUUCUCUCUUCCGAUUCUUGCGGACGAAAUCCCUGCGCCGAACCGGGAGGUCUCACGGAAACAAACGAUCCCGUGCUUCCAUGGUCAAACCGCAUCGGGUCAUCCUCAUCUCAUCGAUCCUGUUGGAUAUUCAACGGUCGGUGCGCUCGGACCGAGACCUCGGGCAGGGACAUGGCAAACGAGUGCUCGUUCAAGAGCAACACUUCGUUCCGCCUAACUCACAAGUCAUGAGGCUAUGCAGUCGACGCAUCUCCAGCUCGGCCUACCCUCCACCGCAUUCACCGGUAGGAUCCGCUGCCUCUUCCCGCCGUGCAAAAAAUACGCUUCACCGAAAUCUCGGCAGUGAAGACGGGGACACUCAAAUGUGCAAUACAUGGUGCCCAAGUAUACAAGACGGUAGUAUCCUCGCAACCAAAGAAAAGCUGAUGACCUCUGAUGAGAGCUGUGUUUCAUGGUCCCAGGAUGACGGACAAUGCCCGGGACCACAGAGCGUGGACUUUUGGCCAACCGGGGGAGGAAGACUAGCGCAGAUCUCGCGCUUCUUCCUAGCCGCGUAA